AUGGCGCCUUCCAAAAAGCGCAACGUGAGUUCUAAACCUCGUGCUAAAGAGGAUAAAACAGAUUUGUUAGGUAUGGUUGAUCGUUUACUCGAAAGCAGAAAACAUGCCAACGACGUUUUUGAUAUUCUUGAGUCCCUUCAGUCAGAUAAAGAUAAGGAUGUUAUCUGCGCUAUUAACGCCUGCUGCAAGCUGUUCUGCACAUUAUUGGAGAGAAAGGAUCUAUUUAUUGGGAAACUCCCUGGAGAAGAUGAGGCUUUGAACGGUGAGCACAGCGCUGAGGAAAAGUACAAGAUUUUUAUGCGCCACCGUUACAACAACUGUGUAGAGAUGAUGCUGGAGCAUCUUAACCAUGAAACGCAUGAAGUUAAGGAAAAUGCCCUCUGCUGCCUGAUGAAAUUUGCUGCAGGCCAAGGAAAGCAUCCUCUGGAAGAUCUGGACUGGAGUGAACAUUUCAGCUUCCCAAGAGAGCUGAUUCAAGCAGUAGUGCAAAGCCUCCUGUCUCAGACCUCAGACAGCUCCCUGAUGAUCUCCAGGUUCCAGGAGUUCCUUGAUAUGGAAGAUGUACGCUACUAUGUAAUGAGCUCCAUCCGUGCAAAUGUCGCCACAGUCAUGGAAAAAAACAAAGGGGCUGUUUUGCCAGUAUAUCAGGGCAAUGUGUUCACUCUCAUGUCCAACCUUAAUAUGCCGAGCCAGGACUCAGAGCUUACCAACUUCAUGGUCAAACAGGAAGCCAAACAUGAGGAUUGGAAGGCAGCAAAACUGCACGAGCACAAACGUGCCUUUGAAAGGAUGUGGCUGGGAUUUCUCAAGUAUAAGUUGCCUAACAGCAUGUAUAAAAAGGUGUUGGUUAUACUUCAUGACUCCAUCUUGCCACACAUGAGCAAACCCACCCUUAUGAUUGACUUCUUGACAGCUGCUUACGAUGUUGGUGGAGCAAUAAGUCUGUUGGCCCUGAACGGCCUGUUUGUGCUCAUUCAUCAACACAACUUAGAUUACCCUGAUUUCUAUAAAAAGUUGUAUAAUCUUCUGGAGCCCUCGGUUUUCCAUGUGAAGUACACGGCACGAUUCUUUCAUCUGGCCAAUCUCUUCCUGAGUUCCAGCCACCUUCCAGUCUACCUGGUGGCUGCAUUCGCCAAACGCCUGGCCCGUCUGGCUCUUACAGCUCCGCCCACAGCUCUUCUCAUAGUGCUGCCCUUCAUCUAUAACCUGAUCCGACGCCAUCCCUCCGCCAGGGUUCUGAUUCACAAGCCCAGCUCAGAAAAUGAGCUUCUUGAGGAUCCAUACGUGAUGGAAGAAGAGGAUCCAGCUCUUUGUCAUGCUUUAGAGAGCAGCUUGUGGGAAAUUAAGACACUGCAGAAGCAUUAUCACCCAGAUGUGGCCAAAGCUGCAAUGCUGAUAAACACACCUCUAUCAGAGCAAGAAGAUGAUAUCGAUGAGUUGCUGGAGAUGACUGCUUUUGAGCUAAUGGAGCGAGACCUGAAGCCGUCCUCAAACCAGAGUGUCCCAAUGGAGUUUGAGAUAGCUACACAUUUACUGAAAGGAGGAGGAGAAGUGUUAGGACAACAUUUCUGUCUAGUUUAAAAGAAGUUUUCAAUAAAUCUGAUGAAUGCUUGAAUUGGUUUGGAGCCACAGAGACGAUGGACAGACUUAACCUGGAAAACUGCCUCCUAACUUUUUUUUAGGUUUUGAGGAAAAUGAUUGUUUUGUUUUUAACCUUGACUUGUAAUGAUAAUUUUCUACCCAUAUAUCAAAAGUUUAAGUGGUAUAUAAAUAUGAAACAUUUACAUCUACAGCCGAGUUAUCUCCUUUUUGACUAAAUGUUAACAUGCAGCACAUUUAAUGCCUUAACUCCACCCUAGUUCUAAGGUGCCAUUGAUGAUGAUAAAAUGGUGUGACCUAAGAACCCUGGAAAAUGAUGCAAUUAUUAGAAUUCACUUAGAAGGUAUUUGGAUAUUUCUUGUGAACCAAAGGGGCUAGGCAAGUGAGAACCACAUUAUUAAGCAAUGAUGAGAUAGAUCUGCAGUCUCCAUUGAUGAUGAUGAUGCAUUGGCAACAACCCCACAUUAUCCAUAUGUUUGUAAAUGUAUCUUGCAAAGUCUCAUCCAAACAAAAGGUCAGACAAAUUGAGGCUUAAUUAGGCAAAGAUCUCCAGAAAUGCAAACUUAAUCCCUUAUAUUGGAUUUGUGCAAUAGGCUGCAAGUCAUCCUUGUUAAGGAGAAUUAGUUCUCACUGAUUCACUAGGUUGAUUACAAUAAACGAAGCCUCUGUAUUACCCCAUUAUCAUUAGAAAUCAUAGCACUGUAUGAACGCUGCCCAAUGGAAGACUUUUGAUAAACCAAUUACAUUGGACCAAUAAUCUGAGGAAGAUAUAAAUAAAUCCUACCUCGUAUGAAAAAGACUCAAACAGCAAAUCUCUGCUAAACAAAAAGAGG